CGUGCUUGUUUUUCCAAAGGAGAGCAUAGAGUAAAAUGGCCUUGAUGCUGCUGAACCGACACUUGGCUUGCUUGCUGCAACAGAACUCCAGGAUAUUUGCAGCCGGACACAGAGGGAUCAGCCAAGCCGCAGCCAAAAUCGACGUGGAGUUUGACUAUGACGGGCCGCUCAUGAAGACGGAAGUCCCUGGGCCCAAAUCCAGGGAAUUAAUGAAACAGCUGAAUGGAAUUCAGAAUGCGGAGGCGGUCCACUUUUUUUGCAACUACGAGGAGAGCCGAGGGAAUUACCUCGUUGACGCGGACGGGAACCGCAUGCUGGAUCUCUACUCUCAGAUUUCUUCCAUCCCGAUAGGCUACAGCCAUCCAUCUCUGAUCAAGCUCCUGCAACAGCCCCAGAAUCUGAGGACUUUCGUCAACAGGCCUGCCCUGGGGAUUUUGCCCCCCGAAAACUUUCCAGAAAAGCUAAAGGAAUCCUUGCUGACAGUGGCUCCUAAGGGUCUGCCUCAGGUGAUGACCAUGUCGUGCGGAUCUUGCUCGAACGAAAACGCCUUCAAAACCAUCUUCAUGUGGUACAGGAACAAAGAACGGGGCCGCAACAGCGUGACCAAGGAAGAGCUGGAGACGUGCAUGAUCAACCAGCCUCCAGGUUGUCCAGACUAUAGCAUGCUAUCCUUCAUGGGUGGAUUUCAUGGGAGAACCAUGGGUUGCUUGGCCACCACCCACUCGAAAGCCAUCCACAAGCUCGACAUCCCUUCCUUCGACUGGCCCAUCGCUCCGUUUCCGAAACUCAAGUACCCUCUGGAGGAGUUUGUGAAAGAAAACGAACAGGAAGAAGCCCGCUGUUUGGAGGAGGUGGAAGAUCUGAUUGUAAAAUACAGGAAAAAGAAAAAAGUGGUAGCGGGAAUCAUCGUCGAGCCAAUUCAGUCGGAAGGGGGAGACAACCACGCUUCGGAUGACUUCUUCCGAAAGUUGAGGGACAUCACCAGGAAGCACGGCUGUGGUUUCUUGGUGGACGAGGUACAGACGGGCGGCGGCUGCACCGGCAAGUUCUGGGCGCACGAACACUGGGGCCUGGAGGACCCGGCUGACGUGCUGACCUUCAGCAAGAAGAUGAUGACGGGCGGGUUUUUCCACAAGGAGGAAUUCCGGCCCAACGCUCCCUAUCGUAUUUUCAACACGUGGCUCGGGGAUCCCUCCAAGAACCUCCUGCUGGCAGAAGUCAUUAACGUUAUUAAAAGAGAGGACCUCCUCGGCAACGCUACCCAUGCAGGGAAGGCCCUGUUGACGGGGCUGCUAGAGUUACAGAAUCGCUACCCUCACCUGAUCAGCAGGGCGCGAGGACGGGGGACGUUCUGUUCAUUUGACACUCCCAACGACGCCAUUAGGAACAAGCUCAUAUUAUUAGCAAGAAACAAAGGUGUGGUCUUGGGAGGCAGUGGUGACCGAUCGAUCCGUUUCCGACCCACCCUGGUCUUCCGAGACCACCAUGCGCAUCUCUUCCUGAAUAUCUUCAGCGAUAUCUUGGCCGACUUCAAGUAGCGGCAU